GAUGCGUGAGCAUGUUCUCAGUUCGAAUAGACAAUUCUUUAGAAAAUAAAGACAGUUGCUGUAGUUGUGGGUAGUUUGUGUGUAUAAUUUAACGUAGUAUAUUAGAAUGAAUAAGUUCAACGAAUUUUUUUCAAUUUCUUAUGUGUUAAGUUGCAAUUAGUGAACCGUAUAAAGCGAGUUAUUUUAACGGCCUACAAAAUAUUUCAUAUUUUUGUAUGUUAAUGUGAAAGUAGUUAUUUUUGUUUGCAACAGUUGUAGAAUUAUUAGUUUUUGUACUGUUUGUAUUUACACCGGUUGCAAUUAUGGAUGAAAACGAACAAGAAACUAAAUCACCUAUAAAACGGCUUGGGUCUACACGAAAACUUCUAGUUUUUAAUAAUAUUCGCCUGCAGUUGAACGAACAGCUAAGAUGUCUGGACGUACGUAUGGAAGCACAAGUGGCUCUCCUCACGGAACUCCAAGAUUUUUUCAGAAGAAGAGGAGAAUUAGAGUUAGAUUACUCCAAGAACCUUGAUAAGCUAGCCAAGAGUUUGCAACUUAGGCAUAAGGAACAGAAACAGAAACGAGAACAGUGGCCUUUAUUUUCAAGUUACGCUUGUUGGCAACAACUGGUAACACAAACGAAAAAUUUAAGUAGGGAUCACGUAGCUUUAUCAGAGGUCUACUCUACGCAUUUGGUGUCGCGGCUGUCCCAGGUUAUGGAAGACGUACAAAGGAUAUACAAGAGGUGCCGCGAAAUAGGGUAUGAGACGCACGAAGAGAUCUUGCGGGUUUUACACGAAUUGCACACGACUAUGAAAACAUAUCACAGCUACCAAGCAGAACUAAGGCAGGCCGAGGCGAAAUUGAGAUCGGCGGAAAUACAAAGAAAUAAACUGGAACAGUCAUUAUCGCAGGACAAAUUGGACCGCUCGAAGAAGUACAAACUCAUGGAAAAGGAAGUGAUGAAGCGCAAAAACAAGUACACAGAUGCCAAACUAAAAGCUCUAAAAGCUAGGAACGAAUAUAUUUUGUGCCUAGAAGCUUCCAAUACAACCAUACACAAGUAUUUUGUGGACGAUCUCUCUGAUCUCAUAGACUGCAUGGACUUUGGUUUUCAUAACUGUAUAUCAAGGGCACUAAUGAUGCAUGUGACUGCGGAAGAAGGAAGGCAGAAGUCAGUGCAAAACGGCCUAGACACCCUAUCGGCCUGCAUACACUCUUUGGAUUCUAGGUUGGACAAGCAAAGAUUUUUGGAGUAUAAUCACAGUGCAUUUAUGAUUCCUAAGAAACUGGAAUUCCAAGGACAAAAAUCCGAUGAGCCUCCUGAACCAGAGAUUCAGAACCUGCUCCAUAGAGAGAUGGAAAGCAGACUUACCCAGCUGCAACAAAGGGUUACUUCUUUGAGGGCGGAAUCUGAAGAAGUGUGGAAAACUCUAGAAACUGCCGAGAGUACUUUAUUAGAAAUGUUGAGUGCUAAAGACUAUGAUUGUAGUGGUUACUUUGGUGAGAAUGCGGUGCCUGCUAGUAAACCUCCUGAGACUGUUUCUGUUAAGCUCAGAGCUGAUAGACAAGAGACUGAAGAAUUUUAUUUAACAAAGUUUAGAGAGUAUCUAUUAGGGUCGACUAGAAUAGCCCGCCUAGAUGCAAAACAGGAAUUUUUAAGGCAAUCUCUAUUGGCCGAAGCUCCCGAUUUUUGUAAUUCAAUAAAGCCCGUUACGAAAACUCCCAAAAGAAAACGAAUAGGCAGAUUACAGAUGAGUGGGCAGCCUAAACUUUUCGGGGGAUCCAUUGAGGAAUACCAAGAAGCGACUAAUCAAGAGAUACCUUUGAUAAUGAGGUCGUGCAUUAGAGUAAUCAAUUUAUAUGGUUUACACCAUCAGGGUAUAUUUAGGGUAUCGGGUUCUCAGGUAGAGAUAAAUAAUUUUAGAGAAUGGUUUGAAAGAGGCGAGGACCCUUUGGCAGACAUGACUGACGCCUCUGAUAUAAACAGUGUAGCUGGUGUGCUAAAACUGUAUCUAAGAGAAUUACGUGAACCUCUCUUCCCUAUUAUUUAUUUUGAACAGUUCAUGGAACUAGCACAAUUAGAGUCUAAGAGAGAAUUUAUAGGGAGAAUGAAGGAACUGAUUGGUAACCUGCCACGUUCAGUGAUGGUGGUUCUCAGGUAUUUAUUUGCCUUCCUAAACCAUUUAUCAGAAUUUUCCGACGAAAACAUGAUGGACCCUUACAACUUAGCUAUAUGUUUCGGACCUACGCUAGUGCCAGUCCCCGAUGACAAGGACCAAGUUCAAUACCAGAACCAAGUAAAUGAGCUUAUAAAAAAUAUAAUUAUGUUUAACGACGAGAUAUUUCUUAACGAUGGUGGAGUCGUAUAUGAAAAAUACAUCUCGCCUAACUCUGAGGACCAGGACGUAGGCGAUUCUCCUUCCGAUCAAACUCAGGAAGACAUGGAUUCAGAAGUCUAUCCGUCAGAAGAUGACUCGGAAAAUAUUGAAGCUACGGCUCAGUUUGAUUUCAUUGCAAGAUCCGAUAGGGAAUUGUCAUUGAAAAGAGGUGAUUCGGUUACAUUAUACUCACAAGUGUCCCAUGAUUGGUGGCGAGGAGCCGUGAAUGGCCAAGAAGGACUUAUCCCAGACAAAUAUAUUUCGCUAAAAAUGAAAGAUGACGAUAGAGAUAAAAUGGGUCUAUUAAAGUCCAGUUCUUCAGAGGAGUCGGUUAGGAGACGCGCGUCAAGUUCUAAUGACUCGAUAUUAUCUGAAAGUUCCGCGUCGGCAAGUAACUCAAACUCGCCUCUCGUGCAGUGUAUGCCAGUAACAUGGACUAAAGUUUCCGAUAUAGCUGAAGCUAACUCAACUGAAAAUUCUUCGAUCGUGUUGAAUCAGUCUAGAGAGAACGAAACCAUAGCAAAACCAGAAUCAACUAACAGUAACGCAGCAAUAUCUCUUCAACCUAUGACAGAACAGGAUAAAUCAAAAUUAAUAGAUCAGUCUUCAAUCACCAAUAAAAACUCUGUGGAGCAGAGAACUAAUCCUUCAUCUAGUGAAGUUGGAAGUACGAAAGUCGAAGAAACCGAACAACCUUGUAAACAAAUAGACGAGUCUAAUGUUGAUUUCACACAAAAUCGGGAGCUUUGGCAGAGAAGAGCUAAUCUAGAAUCUACACCAGCUUCUCCUUUACUAAAAACGCACAGAUUUUCAGAACCAUAUAUACAGAGGCAAAAUCAUACUCCAGAUCUAGUUAUGGAUUUACCCGUCGUUGGGAAUUCAAGUCCAAAAGAACUCGCAAAGUCUAUGUCUGUUUUAAGUAGUACCUAUUCGGAUAGUUCUCCGGAAGAUGAUGCUAGUCCUACAAAAUUGGUAGAGAAUAAAACUGGCGCUGAUAGCCCAGACAUGCAGACUGCAGCAGAAACAUUUGCCAAACAGAACCAAUGCACUUUGAAAAAGAAUAAGAAAAUCCAAAUGGAAAAUUCAGAAUACGUUACCAUAACCAGUCCUAUGCUCGAUCGGAAGUAUGCAACGUUGGGAAGCAAUACAAGUACGACCACAACAUUUAAACCUCAACCCAAAACGAAACCUAUGGUGCUCAAAAAACCUGUCUUCUCUGUACCACUAAGAUCUGUCUCUAUAGAGAUGAUGUGUAAGGACCCUCCUGAUCUUCCAACAUAAAUCUGCUCAUAGAGAGAUUUACCUCACUAUUUUACGUUAUUUUUUUAUAUAUUUCAAAUAAUGUAAGAAUAUUUACGUCUUAUUUUACUAACUGACUGGUUUAGAGUAGAAUUCUUAAAACAAAUCUAGGAUGUGAUCAUAGAGAAUAUUAUUUAUGCCCUUACAAUGUUUUACAUGCUACGAUGAAACGAUAUUAACUGGAAGGUGAGAAUUUGACGAGUUUUCCUUUUAAUUAAAACUGUUGCAUCACUGUAGCAAUGCAAAACGUUUUGGGUAUUUUAAAAUCACAUCUGUUUUAUCUUUUUACUUGAGAAAGUGAACUUGAACGUUUUUAUUUCAAGUCUCGUGAAGCCAUUAGUAUACCUACCGUGAAGAUUUUAAAUAAAUAUCCUUGUAUGAGAGUUUAAUAGAAUAAUAGACUGAUUUAAAACCCAAUAAGCACAAUGUCACACUAAGUGAGUAAAUAUAUUCUGUCGGUUUAUCAAAAUUCCAUUGACAUUAACCAUAUUCAAGGUCAAAAUCUGCUUGGUGAAAGCGUAAUGUAUUAUUUUUGAGUAUUUGUGACAUUGUAUUUGGUGGGGCAAUGUAUUCAACGACUUACGUGUAGCUCUCUAAUUUUUUUUUCUGUUGAGCAAUUUGGCUUAACUAAAAUGUGUAACUACGAUAUUUAAUUUAUUGAAAGUUGGCAGGUUGAUAUUUUCCAAGUUGUAUUGUUCAUUGGCCUAAUCUGAGAUUUUGUUUAGUUUAAAUUGUUUUUAAGAUUAACAUUAAUUUAUACUGUCUAGUUCUAGAAUUUACUAUAAUUAUUACUAUAUAUUUUUAUAAUGUCUGAUGUUAUUGAAACCGUGUAAUGUAUAUAAUACACGACAAUAUAACUAUACGAAUCCAUUUACACAGAUACAUCACAUUUAAAGUCGACAUGAAUAGUUUAGGAAUGCUUAUAUACAUACAUUUCUGCAAAAUAUAUACCUGGUGUUUAUUGUUUAUAGUCAUAAUCAAAAAAUUCUUUAUCUUACAGUGUUAACCGUAGCCUCUCCAAAUAUAAUAUCAGGUAUAUCAGAUUUUUAUAUGCAUACGUUAAAUUGAACCUGUAAAACAAAAGGUAGUUAGUUACUGAGUUAAGAGGCAGACUAAAUUCUUAGCUCCAGUUCAAAUAUUGGAGAGUAUGAAACGAAGAAUAUUUAACUUGAAAUAAAAUCUGAUAUAUCUCGAACAGAAAUUUGUAUCUGGUUGUCCUAUUAAAAGUCCCUGUACAGGUUUCGGCACAAAAUGUAACGAUCCGAAAUUGCUUUUGUAAUGGUGUAACGUAAUAUUCAAAUUCUGAUUUUAAAAACUAAUGAUUUGUUAUGAACAUAUUUAUAUUCUGUUUCAAAAUAUGUGAUUAUUUCUGAUAUUGCAAUUGUAAAC